AUGUUGCCAACAAACCCGGCUCCAUUUACUGGCCUUCCAGCAGCAGCUGGACUUUAUCCAACUCAAAGCUACAUUAAGGAAGAAGAUAAUGUAAAUUCAUCUUAUCAAACUUUGGAUUUUGAUAACACGAACAUUCCCGGACAGCCACCUCCCUAUCCUGCCAGCCAAUAUCCCAUGGGUAUGACUUCGUACCCGCCAUCAGGUAAUUUUAACGAUACCAUCCGAAUGCAUCAAGUAGACAGUGUUUACGGCAGAAUUUUAUUUGUUUUGUCUAUUUUCUCCAGAAAAUCUCAAUGCUUUGGCUACAUUAUCCUUACCCAAAUCAGACUUUUUUGA